AUGCUGCGCGCCCUCGUAGCUUCUGGGAAGCUUCGGGGAUCUGCGAGUGUGUCAGCACGUCAGCAAGGUGCUGCACAGGAGCUGAGGGAGGCUAAUAACGAGGAUUUCGUCCCGUCCCUCGCGUAUGGAAUCAUGGGUUCGAAAAACGACACGGAUCGAAUCUAUCGCCUCCUAUUGGCCGUCUACCAUCCCCGGAACCUCUAUGCCGUGUACAUAGAUGAUGCUGACUCAGCAUUCGCGCUACGGACAAAACUCGCCGGCCACCCCGUCCUGGCGGCAGCAGUGGAAGCAGCAGGGGCGGCGGAGGUGACGGACACAGGCAGGAGUGAGGAAUAUGUAACUGUAACGGGACGGAUACGCGUGAUAGAGGAUCCGGAGAUUGUGACUCUAGAGGGCGGGUCGCGUCUGGCUGCUUUGCUGCGCCUGGCGCACACGCUGCUGCGCAUGGAGCUCCUUUGGCUUCUCUCCUCUGUCUCGCCUCGCCUCUCAUUCAUGGAUCAUGUGGUUGACCACCGAUUCGACUACCGCCAGGAGAGUGUGUUUGCAGACAAUGCGCUGUUUGAGAGGCGGAGGGGGGGGCGAUGGAUCGCCGAUAUGCGCGAUAGGGUUACCAGAUUCGAGGUCUACACUGGCUCCUUCCCUCUCUUCGCAUCUCGGCCGUUCAUCCGCUACCUGAUCGACGAACCACACGCGAUCCCACGCCGAAUGCUCAUGUUCCUGGGAGACACACUCUCGCCCCACCUGCACUACAUGCCAACCGCCGCCUGCCAGGCCGCCCGGUUCAAUCACACGGUCGUGAACAGUGGCCUGCACUUCCCGCCCUUUACAGUCACACAACCGCACGAGAUGCCUCCUGUCAACUCCUCCCUCUGGCAAAACAUGACCAUGGGAAUUUCUUCUGAGGGAGGUGCAUCAGUCGUUGGUGGUGCUUCUCAAGGAGGUGCCUCUGAGGAAGGUUCUUCUGGGGGAGGUCCCUUCCUGUUCGUGCAUGAUCCCGAUCCAGGCUUGGUUGCCAAGAUAGACAGGUGUGUGAUGCGGUGCUGUGCGGUGAGUUCUGGGAGCUUCUUCAUAGAGGAGAGGAGAGUGUGGUAG